AUGGAGGCUAUCGUACCGAGAAAACCAUGGCUUUUCAAUCUACGCUCUUCCAAGCAACUGAUCGGCCUGGCUGUCUUCUCCACUACCUUUACUGAUGGAUUUCUCUACGGGAUCAUCGUAUCCGUCCUUCCAUUUUCCUUAACUAAUCGAUCCGGAGUAUCAGAGGCUGACGUCCCAUUUUGGACGUCAAUCUCCUUAGCCGUCUUUGGACUUGCAAUGGUCCUCGGCGCCCCGAUGGCAGGUUGGAUUGUCGGAAAAUGCGAAAGACGUCAAAUACCAUUUCUGGGAGGCCUCUUUUGUGCAUUCUUUGCCACACUCUCAUUCAUGCUUGGGGUCAAGCCGUGGAUGAUCAUCGUGGCAAGGGUUUUCCAGGGUCUAUCUGCGAGCGUUGUCUACACUGCCGGCCUAACGCUGUUGGUGGACACGAUCGAGUCGCACGAGCUGGGACCCUGGAUUGGUUUCGGACUCUCGGGCAUGAAUUUUGGCGUGCUUGUAUCACCCACGCUCGGAGGAAUCGUAUAUGAAAAAGCAGGGUUCUAUCCUGUCUUUAUCAUGGGUCUUGGCGUCGUCGUCGUCAACUUGAUCCUCAUUUUGCUGAUGAUUGACAGAACGGCUGCUAAAAAAUAUACAGCACAGAAUGGCUCCACUAGGGCUUCCUCCCUCCCGAAUGGAAACUCGACAAAGAGUGCUAUUGCGAAUGGAAAACGGCGAUUGUCGACUGUCGAAGAUGGCGAUCCAACCAACACAACACCGCUCCUCUCACACUGCCGCGAGUCCUCUUCGGCGAUUGCAAAAGAUCCUUCUUGGUGGAGUAUCGUCGGAGGCGUUCUUCGAAAUCCACGAAUACUGGCCGCGUUAUAUGGAUGCCUCAUCAACACGAUCUUAGUGAGCGCCAUGGACGCUGUCCUCCCGACGUUUAUCAAGCAUACUUUUCACUGGUUUUCCGGUGCUACAGGAGCAAUGUUUCUAAAUAUAACCAUUCCAUCAUUCCUUGGUCCAUUUGUUGGUAUGAUCUCGGACAAAUAUGGCGUGAGAUUGGUCUCAACUUUUGGUUUUACGCUGGGGGCUGUAGCAGUCGGUCUCCUCGCUCUGAUACAACAGGACGAUACUGUAAAUAAGGUUUUCGCCUGUUUACUAUUAGUCUUCAUUGGCAUAGGGCUCAAUACGUCACUGACCCCGUUGGUUACGGAGCUACCUCGCAUCGUGAAUGUUCUUCAAGAGGAGCAACCGGAUUUAUAUGGCGACAAGAGCGCAGUUACUGAGGCUUAUAUGCUCCUCGAUGCAGCGUUUGGCGCCGGAACUGUGCUUGGUCCAUUGCUUUCAGAGCUCGCCUAUGAGACUUUGGGAUGGACUGGAUGCACCACCAUGCUGGCGCUUUUGACUGCGUCAGCCAUACUUCCAGUAGUAAGUUGCUGUCUGUUCAUUAACUUGUUGAAUAUGGUCGCUGAUUUCAAGCAGGUGGUCCAUUUGGCCCCAAAUCCGAAAGGCCGGUAA